UAGCAGGACUCGGAAGUAUUGCUGCCGCCGCCGCACGUGUGGGAGGAUCGCGAACAGGGAACCGGGAUCCAGGUUUUGUCAUGAAAGAAGAUUCGAAAAUGGAAGAAUUGUCUUUGUGUCCAGAAUUUCCACCUAAUUUAACUGGUCCUUUUAUUGUUGAGGUAAAAAAUAUAUCUAUUAUGGAUGUUAUGACAGUAAACUCACAUCUGCAAGAAGGAGGAAGAGGAAAACCAAAGUACUGCAAAGCACAGCAGAAAAUUGCCAUAAUUAUUCCUUUCCGGAACCGUGAACCACAUCUUGCAAUCUGGUUGCAUUAUAUGCUCCCAUUUCUUCAAAAGCAGCAGGGAGAUUUUGGAAUAUAUGUUGUGGAACAGAUUAACAAUACAACUUUUAAUAGAGCCAAGCUGAUGAAUGUUGGGUAUUCAGAGGCAAUAAAAGAUUAUGAUUAUAAUUGCUUCAUAUUCAGCGAUGUUGAUAUUAUUCCUAUGGAUGACAGGAAUUUAUACAGAUGCUCAAAAAAUCCCAAACAUAUGGCUAAUUCUCUAGACAAGUUCGCCUUCAGGUUACCUUAUCAAACUAUAUUUGGUGGUAUAGUGGCUUUCACACAAGAACAGUUUAUAAAAAUAAAUGGGUUUUCAAACCGAUUUUGGGGAUGGGGAGGAGAAGAUGAUGAGCUUUAUAACCGAGUGGUAGCAGCAGGAAUGAAGAUUGAACGCCCAGAUCCAAAAAUUUCAAGAGCCAAAGCAAUUUUGCACCAUAGAGACCCUGGUAAUGAAAAAACAGGCAAAAGUUUUCACCUAAUAAAUGAAGCAGCUAAAUUCAUGCACAUGGAUGGACUUAAUUCCUUGGAGUAUGAUGUCAUCAAACGCAUUAGGCACAAACUUUACACUAAAAUCACAGUAAAUGUUGGAUCUCAAGAAUAAACCAUUUAUUUUACAUUAUUGAUGACAUAGGUUAUGUUUUCUCCUGAAUGUUUAUCAGCAUGCCACAUAAUCUUGGCUGUGGACUGUUGUGCCAAGCACCAAAACAAUCCUGAUCUAUAGGGUAAAAUCCACUGGGUACAUUCAAAUGUAUCAUAUCUGCUGCCUCUUUGCUGCUGUGGAUUUCCUGCUGUUAAAUCAAAACAAAUAGUUGGACACAGCUUUAACCCCUUAAGGACGAAGCCCAUUUUGAUCUUAAGGACUGGGCCAAUUUUCAUUUUUGCGUUUUUGUUUUUUCCUUCUCUUCUUUUAAAAUACGUAACUCUUAUUUUUUCACUUACAGACCCAUAUGAGGGCUUGUUUGUUGCGAGACCAAUUGUACCAAUUGUACUUUGUAAUGACAUCUUUCAUUUUACCAUAAGAUGUACCAUGAAACCAAAAAAUUUAUAUUUGUGGGUGGACAUUUUUAAGAAAACUGCAACUUUGCAACUUUUGGGUUGGUUUUUACUGCCCUUUACGGUAAAAAGUAUCCAUUUCUUUAUUUUGUAGGUCAAUGUGAUUAAAAUGAUACCCAAUUCAUAUAGUUUUUCUAUUUUUGUACUAGUUUAAAAAAAAUGCAAACUUUGUCUUAACAAAAUUCAUAUGCAUAAAAUUUUCAUUUUCUGACCCCUAUAACUUUUUUCUUUUUCUUUUGCAUCGUGAUCUGUAGGU